AUGAAUCCAGGCAGUGAUGUAGAGCAGAAAGCCCCAAGCAUGCCCAAGCUGGUCUUGGGGAAGCAGGAGAAAGAAGCUGCUGGAACUACCCGAGCACAGCAGCCUGAAGAGGUGGAGCAGUUCCAGCCAGCGCAGGAGGGUGCAGCCAUGGAGCGCACACGAGAGCAGCAACGCACCCAUGGCCUCUUCCGCACAACAGCGCAGAUGGUUUGCAAAUUCAUGAAGAGAAUUUGCGAGGAAGAGACCAGCGUCAUGGGCACUGUGGUCAGAGCAUACUCUCCCAUCUUCAAAACCAAGACCAGUGCUGCCCUGCUGGAUAUGCUUGUGCAGGAGGGUCCUUCCAAUCCAAAGCAAGUGCCCGCUAUGGUGAGGUACAUCCACCAGUGGCUCACUGCCAAUGAGAGGCCUGAGUACAAUGUGUACAGGCCCCUUCUGGAUCUGACAGAGGCACAGCCCACUGAUGUGGUGAUGGCUCUCCUGCGUGUGGCCCCAUCAUGUGACAGAGCUGCUAUGGCCAUGUGGAAGAGCAUCAUGUGCUCGUGCAGGACUGCAGAGCCAGCCAUGCUGACACUCCUUGAUGUGAUGGGCAAGUGGCCAGAGCACAGAACGAGCACCUCCGAUGGGGACUGCACAGCUGUCCUUGCCCUGGCUGCAACUCUGGUGAUGUGGAAGAUCCUCCAGGUGCCCUGCAUCCCACAUGUUGUGACCCUAUAUUUCUCCCGCCUCUUUGCGAAUCUGCUCUUCCAAGUGCUCUCCAGCACACUGGAUAUGCCAGAGCCAGUCGAUACCUUCUGGAAGGGGUGCCAGCAGCAACAUGGCCUUGCCACCAACCCCAACAGCUUUGCAGAGCAGACCCUGAAGGCCCUGCUCUGCCGACUGCACUAUAGGGAUGUGGUGGUGGCACUGGAAGACAAGAGUGCCUGGGACACACUGCUCUGUGCUGACACCCAGCACUGUGCUGUAGGUGUGCUGGCCAGAGAAAUGCACCACGCAUCCGUAGCCUUGUGUUCCGAGAUUGCCUUCUACCUGCUCGGGCUGCUCGGCAAAGACAUGCCAUUCUGGGAUUUGGCCAUCACGGCGUUCCUUGUGGAGAUCCUCCAGGGCCUGGACUGGAGUGAAUGGCACGAGCGCGUCCUGGACACCAUGUCAAAGAACCUGCAGAGCGAGUGCAGGGAGAGGCAGCGCCUGGCACUCAGAGGCCUCGUGGUGCUCGGCAAGAACAUCUCCAUGGCCAUACGAAUGUGGAGCCUGCACGCAAGGCUCGUGGAGCUCCUGCGGGAAAAUGACAGUGACGUGGUUAGGAUGAGCAUCGUUCUCCUCAGCUGUCUGUUCCCGUACAGUGGCACCAUGAUAGAAACGCCCCUAGCCCUGCAGCUGGCUGAGGCGCUCCUGCCACUCUUUGACAACGAUGAUAGCCAGGUGAAGUUGUGCUCCAUGUUCAUCUUCCGAGAGAUGAUGGACUUUUCAUCGCAAAGGAUAAAAAUGGCCCUGAAGUCACACGUGCAGCAGAGCCUGCUCCCACUCUCCUUCCACUGCCACGAUGAGAACCAGCGCGUGGCUGAGGUCUCCCGGGCCACGCUGCAUUCUUCAGCCAGGUUCCUGAAGAGGAGGGACCUCCAAGAGAUGCUGCAGGUGGACCAGACCUGGAGUGUUGGUGUGCACCUGCUGGCAGAGGACAGGAGCCGAGCGGCCGAGCACCUGCGCCAGGCCCUGCCGUACCUGCAGAGCCCACAGGAGCCCCUGCGAGUGGCGGCCGUCAGGUUCAUGGGAAUGGCCGGGCAGUGCCUGAGGGGGCAGCAGGAAGAGCUUCAGAUCAUCUGUGAGGCCCUUGAAGACAUGGCAGAUGAUGCCAGCUUUGCUGUCCGAAGUCUGGCAAUUCAAACUUCGCACGUUCUCAGGGCAGUAGAGCGGCCUCCCAUCUCCAUGUUCCAGAGGCUGCGAGAUCAGCUCUGCCGGGCAUGGGAGACACGGCCUCAUCUGUCAGGCCUCGGCUGACUGCACUGCUGAAGUUCUGUGGAGAGCUGAUCUGGGAGGCUCUGUCUCCUGGGUAGCCACCUGGCCCAGCAGGGAUUUUUUUUUUUUUCCAGAUUGUUCUUUUCUUCUUUGUGUUUUCCUUUGGUGUAGAAAUAUAGGAUGUGUUAG